AUGGGGAGCAAAACGCAUUCGGCGCCGUUGCAAAACAAGUUACAAGAACUACUCGAUCGCCGACGGACAAACGCAACACUCCGUAAUCUGACAUUACCACUUCAAAAUCAGACCGACUUCUCGUCCAACGAUUUUCUGUCGCUGUCCACUUCGCCACAACUCAAAUCGGAGUACCUUCAAGAGCUGCAAAGAAUUGAUUUGCCAUUGGGUAGCGGCGGGUCAAGACUCCUAGAUGGCAACUCGACGUACGCUGAACAACUGGAGCAAGAGAUUGCCAACUUCCACGGAGCCGCAUCUGGACUGCUGUUUAACAGUGGUUUUGAUGCGAACGCCGGCUUCUUUGCGAGUGUACCGCAGCCGGGAGACGUGAUAGUCUAUGAUGAGCUCGUACAUGCAAGCGUUCAUGAUGGCAUGAGGUUAUCACGAGCGGGGAAGACGAUUGCUUUUGAACACAACUCCAUAUCUGAUCUAAAGAAGACUCUGGUAGCAGUUCUUGGUGAAAAUGAUGGCGUACGAGACAAGAGCUGUAAUGUGUUUGUGGCAUUGGAAUCCAUCUACAGUAUGGACGGAGACGUAUGUCCGUUGAAAGAGAUGGUGGAGGUCGUAGAAGAAGUCUUGGGCCCUGAACGAGGAUACAUCGUUAUGGACGAGGCACAUUCCACUGGAGUAUUAGGGCCAGAGGGUAGAGGAUUGGUUUGUGAACUAGGCCUAGAGAAACAUAUAUUCGCGCGACUACACACCUUUGGCAAAGCCGUAGCGGCGAACGGAGCAAUCCUUCUCGGCUCAGACACCUUGCGUCAUUACCUCAUCAACUACGCACGUCCGCUCAUCUACACGACAUUCCUCUCCUACCCCUCGCUGGCCCUCAUACGCUCUUCGUACCGACUACUUCAGUCUGGUCAGAGCGUGAAACUACAAGCCCAUCUACAGCAUCUCACCCAGCAUCUCUACACUAGCCUCGGUCAUCUCCAAAGACACUCGAAAUCGGCUAGUCAAGCACUCACAGUUCCAAGUGCAUGCCCGAGAUCGCCUAUAUUCGCAGUACAGCUGGCAAGACCAAAGGUUCUAGCAAGCUUUCUGCAAACUCAUGGUAUGAUGGUCAGAGCCGUGGUACCGCCAACAGUGCCGGUGGGUACUGCGAGAGUGAGGAUCUGCCUACAUGCUGGUAACACAUCAGCGGAGGUGGAAAAGCUUGUUGAAUUGCUGGGAAGAUGGUGCGAAAGUCAAGCCGCUGAGCAGUUACAAGACCAUGUACAGGAAGCAGUUGUGCGAGCCAAAAUCUAG